CUCAUCAGUUUAGAACUGGAAGGAAUUUUAAAGGGCAUCUUGCCCAGCAGUUCCCCUCCCUCCUCCAUAUUUAGCAGCUGAGGACAGAGAGGCAAAGAGGCUUGCCUGGAGGCACAUGGCUUCUGAAGUAUCAAAGAUGCACUACCCAGGUCUUCCUGAUUUCAAGUUCAGUAAGAAGCAUUUUCGAAAUGCCUGCUAUGUUUAGUGUUUAGGGUUGAAUUCUUAUGCCCUGCUUCCUCUUGGGUGAGUGAAGAUCACAUUUCUAGAAAGUUGACAAACAGACGCCAUCAUGUUUUUCCGGUUGCUAUGUGAUAUUCCAUGGCGGAGGGCCAGUCAGAGAUGGCCGAACAGGUCCCCGUCAAGGCGCAGCAUUUCUACAGUUUCAGAAUCUAGUCCUCCUGUCUCACUCCCCACCCAUGCCCAGGUAGUCAUCUGUGGUGGUGGAAUUAUAGGCACAUCUGUAGCCUAUCACCUUUCCAAGUUGGGAUGGAAGGAUAUUCUUCUAUUGGAACAGGGCAGGUUGGCUGCUGGCUCUACCAGGUUUUGUGCUGGCAUUGUUAGUUCGGCUAGGAACUUUACCUUAGAACAGAAGAUGGCCAAUUAUUCGAACAAACUCUAUCAGCAGUUAGAGCAAGAGACAGGGAUUCAGACAGGUUACAUAAGGACAGGCUCAAUCUUUCUGGCUCAGACUCAGGACCGACUGAUCUCCUUGAAGCGUAUCAACUCGAGACUGAGUGUAAUGGGCAUCCCUUCUGAGAUCAUUUCCCCAAAGAGAGUGGCUGAGCUGUCCCCACUCAUUAGCAUCCAUGACCUGGUGGGGGCCAUGCACGUGCCUGAGGAUGCAGUGGUGUCAGCGGCUGAUGUGGCUCUUGCAUUGGCCAGUGCUGCCUGUCAAAAUGGUGUUCAGAUCCGUGACCGGACAAGUGUUAUUCAUGUGAAAGUCAAAAAGGGUCGUGUAACUGGAGUAGAAACGGAUAGAGGAUGCAUUGAAUGUCAAUAUUUUGUCAGCUGUGCUGGUCAGUGGGCUUACGAGCUGGGUCUGUCCAACGAAGAACCGGUUAGUAUCCCGUUACAUGCCUGUGAACACUUCUACCUUCUGACUCGUCCCCUGGAGACCCCACUGCAGAGCAGCACACCAACUAUUGUGGAUGCAGAUGGAAGGAUCUACGUUCGGAAUUGGCAAGGCGGUAUCCUGUCUGGUGGCUUUGAGAAGAACCCUAAGCCCAUCUUUACUGAGGGCAAGAACCAGCUAGACAUUCAGAAUCUGCAUGAAGAUUGGGAUCAUUUUGAGCCUCUGCUGAGCUCCCUACUGCGCAGGAUGCCAACCUUGGAAGCUCUAGAAAUUAUGAAGUUGGUGAACUGCCCUGAGUCCUUUACGCCCGACAUGAGGUGCAUCAUGGGGGAGUCUCCGACUGUGCAGGGCUACUUUGUACUAGCUGGAAUGAACUCUGCUGGAACUUCAUUUGCAGGAGGAGCAGGCAAGUACCUUGCUGAAUGGAUGGUUCAUGGUUACCCUUCAGAAAAUGUGUGGGAUUUGGACUUGAAGCGAUUUGGAGCUCUGCAGAGCAGCCGUACCUUCCUCCGCCACCGAGUCAUGGAAGUGAUGCCCCUGCUCUAUGAUCUUAAGGUCCCGAGGUGGGACUUCCUGACUGGUCGGCAGCUGCGUACAUCUCCCCUUUAUGACCGCUUGGACGCACAGGGAGCCAGAUGGAUGGAGAAACAUGGCUUUGAGAGGCCUAAGUAUUUUGUCCCACCUGACAAAGAUCUACUGGCAUUGGAACAGAGCAAGACAUUCUAUAAGCCAGACUGGUUUGACAUCGUGGAGUCCGAAGUCAAAUGCUGUAAAGAGGCUGUCUGUGUCAUUGACAUGUCCUCUUUUACUAAAUUUGAAAUAAUUUCCCCUGAGGCAGAAGACUUUGAACUUCUUCAGUACCUCUUCUCCAAUGACCUGGAUGUGCCCGUGGGCCACAUUGUGCACACAGGCAUGCUCAAUGAGGGCGGUGGCUAUGAAAAUGACUGCAGCAUAGCUCGGCUUAGCAGAAGCAGUUUCUUCAUGAUUUCCCCUACUGACCAGCAGGUCCACUGCUGGGCUUGGCUCAAGAAGCACAUGCCUGAGAACAGCAACCUGCUUUUAGAGGAUGUGACCUGGAAGUACACUGCUCUCAAUCUGAUUGGCCCCCGUGCUAUGGAUGUUCUCUCUGAAUUAUCUUAUGCCCCUAUGACUCCAGACCAUUUUCCAUCCCUCUUUUGCAAGGAGAUGAGUGUGGGUUAUGCAAAUGGAAUCAGAGUGAUGAGCAUGACGCACACAGGAGAGCCUGGAUUCAUGCUCUAUAUCCCUAUAGAGUAUGCCCUGCAUGUGUACAAUGAGCUGAUGAGUGUUGGGCAAAAAUAUGGAAUCCGAAAUGCUGGCUAUUAUGCUCUCCGAAGUCUUCGUAUUGAGAAAUUUUUUGCCUUUUGGGGUCAGGACUUGAACACUUUCACAACACCCCUGGAGUGUGGACGAGAAUUUCGAGUGAAAUUGGAUAAGGGAAUGGAUUUUAUUGGUCGGGAUGCUCUGUUGCAGCAAAGGCAGAAUGGAGUCUACAAACGCUUUACUAUGUUCAUCCUUGAAGACCAUGACACAGACCUGGACCUCUGGCCCUGGUGGGGAGAGCCCAUUUAUCGGAAUGGGCAAUAUGUUGGCAUGACCACCAGCAGUGCCUACAGCUAUACUCUGGAGCGCCAUGUCUGCCUUGGCUUUGUGCACAAUUUUAAUCAGGAGACGGGGGAGCAACUAGUGGUGACCCCUGAUUUCAUUAACCGAGGGGAAUAUGAAAUUGACAUUGCGGGACAACGCUUCCAGGCCAAGGCCAAACUUUAUCCAUUCAGCUCCCUCUUUACUUACAAACGACGAAAGGACGAGAUAGAAAUGAGUGACUUCCAGGGAAAGUAACACUGGUAGGGAAGCCUGCCACCUCCCUCCUCACACUAGGACUUCCCACUAGGAUCAUCUUGCCAGCUGCUCCCUCCUUCCUACGUUGUUUCCUAUUCUUUCUCUAUUUCUUAACUAUGAAGGUUAUUUUCAAAACCUUGAGACUGUUUGAAACUUAGCCUACGUUAACAUUUUUUUGCUUUGAGAUUUUUUUUCAUUUUUCCUUCUUUAAGUACCCCAUUCAGUACCUUCUUUUCUUCCUUCCAAUCUCCCCCCCCCAUGUUGGCAGAUGGCACGUGGUACACUUGACAGGCUGAACAUUCAGCAGAAAUAGUUGCACCAUUGUAACUGCCCUUUGAAGGGCAGCAGUCUGAUUCCAAGUACUUUGCUCUAUCCAUGCCACCCACGAUCGAGAGCAGCUGGUAUUUGCUGGCCUCUACUUAAGAGUUAUCUAUUCUCUUUCUGCUUGGGCAUUCUACAUACCACUUUCAGUAGAUUGGCCAGAUAUCAUACCCAUUAGGGCUGCAUCCAGACAGUGGCUUGAGGAGGUGCUCCUCUUAGUUCAUUGGGGAUACUCUAAUUUACAUUUUCCUCAUGUACAUUGUGCAGAGGGGUUUGGUGCAGUGACACACUGAGCAAUAGAACGAUUAGCUACCUCAUUGGUGUGAGACUGGGCAAGGGUUUUAUCGGAGUGGUGUCAGACAGAGGCCGUCUCCAGCUUGGUCUUUGGGCUGUCUUAAACGGUUGCUCUUAAAGAGCAGUAAGCUGUUUGAUCAUUGGAUUGCCCAGCUAGGAAAACCCUGCCUGUUACUUUCUGCUCCCUUGUCAGGUUUCUCUUCUUUAGGUGAGCAUCAGAGUGAUGCAUCGCUCAGAGGACAUCCCCGUCAAUGAUAAAUGUAAAUGAUACUGUUUUUCUUUCUCUCAAAAGUCUAAUCCCCCCUUCUUGGUUUUCUUUUCUCCAGGUGUCCUGCACUUUCUUUUUAACUAGUUCAGCCUUACUUGGCCUAUCUGUAAAAGGCAUAUAAGCUUCUGAUCCUUUGAGAGAAAACCAUCUGGAAUGUAUGGGUCCAGUAGGUACACCUUGCCAGCCAUGCUGAGUAAUAGCCAUGUGUUUGAUCCACUCAGCUCCAUCGAAGAGGGAGGCUUUCUCUCCAGUAACUCAGUUCAUGUGGGCCUUGGGCCUGGCUUCCCAUCCUCUCCUCCCUCUAGGAAAUUACUCCAUUACUCGUGCAGUUUUCUUAUUUCUACUUGUCCUUACCCACUGAGAUGGAAAAUUAGUUUUGGUUUUCUGGUUUGCUUUGUUUUCUGUAGAGACAAAUGUCCUAAGGAAAAAAAGGGACUUUGCCCUUUGUUUUGAGUGGAGCAUUUCUUGGUUUUUUGACCUGGCAGUGAAGCUCCCAGAUGCUACAAAUUGCUAUGAGCUUCAGCCCCUUGACUUUUUUUUUUUUUUUGUAGUUCAAACUGCUAAAACCACGGAACAGAGAGGGAGUACAGAUUAUUCAUGAACUUAAAAAGCUAUGCUGCCCCCACGAGUGAGGUCUCCUCCCCCACCCUGUCUCCAGUAGAUCCAAGGUCUUUCAGAACUUGAGAAAAUUGGGGUUGGCUUGCCUUUGGAAUUUCUCCUUUUCCUUAUUUUCCUUAACUUGUGGGUUGUUGCACUGUUAUUUGCCCACUAAUCUGUCUAGGUCACCCCUCUUUAAUAACUUACAGUUCUGGACUUAGGCCGGCUCUUUUUUUUUUUCCUUGGGCCCUUGUUCAUUUGUAAAAGAGGGAAAAUGUGGCUAAUAUUAGACCUGAAGGUGAAACUAAUUUGUGAUUUAGAUAACUUGCCAGCAGCCUUCUGAAGAAGUCUGCCUUUCUUGUCAGCUUUGCUGAGUGGGGUCCAGUCUCCUUGACAGCUCUUUUAUUUAGGCUCUUUUUACGUCUUGCGUGUUUUGUCUUGAGUCCAAGCCUUGAGAUUUCUGCUAUGCUUAGCAUUCCGUGUAGUGCCCUUAGCUGAAUCAAGGCUGGGGAAAAUGAGGAGAAGUGUCUCCCAGCCAAAGAACAAAGCAACAUAGACCAGAGUUUGGGAGUUGGGAGGAAGGUGGCGGAACAGACAUGGGCAGAGGAGGUUUUCUGGAGAGAUAUUGCAAAGGCCGGGCAGAGUGGGUGUUGUUUGGUCUUGAAGAUGGUACCACUGGAUAUGGAUGGGCUGCUUCUACUAUUUGAGGAUUUUGUACUAAUCCAAGUUCUUCCUCUGUAAAUAGAAAUUUGGACUUCUGGGGUUGUAUGCACAGGUGUGUCUUUCCCCUAAGAGAGGCUCCCUUUUCUCUCCACCUCACCCCUCCCCCCUUCCCAGCAGAGGCAGAUAAAGCCUAGCAGUUGCAUUACGACAUCGAAUCACUACUUAGAAAGAGAAAUAGGAAGAGAGGCAGCCGUGUAGUCCCAGAAGCAUUCAGCUAGAAACUUAUCUGCCAAAAAAGGAUACUUGGCUUUCCUGUUUUUUAGUUACUAUUCCCCCUUAGAUCCCUGGGCAGGAAGAAGUAUUCCCUUCUCACAGAUAAGAAAAUCCAAGGAGGCAAGAAACCAGCAUGGGCCAGCAAGGACCCUUCCAAUCCUUUUGCCUGGUGUGUUUGUCUCUAAUAUCAAACCACUUCUUUUCAUUUGGAGGGGAGGCUCAGACCGCAGUUAGUUGGCAUCACAUCUGAAAAGAGGCCUGGAGCUUCUGAGGACCAAAACAACAUUAUUCUUCAAUAAUUUGGGGUUUUCUCUUUGUCUGGAUAUAGAAAAGUCUUCUUAGGGAGUGAGAUCUGAAAGGUUUGUUCACUUUGGGUUCAGGUUUCCCUUGGAGCAGAUUCAGGGCAAGGAGUAGCCAGUUUGAUCCAUCCAUUUUUAGAACAAGUUAGCUGCUUUGGGAUAAAAAGGCCUUGCGUAAAUUAUCCUAUUAAAGAUCUCAAAAGCUUGAGAUGGCCAAAGCAGAGAGCACUUUUAAUGUCUCAUGUUGAGUAAUGUUUUUUCCUCUCCCAGGGCAUGUGUAACAAUCCAACAUGAUCUCAUCUCAGCCAUCUGGUCAGAUCGUUCCUGUCUUGGGCAUUUGAGGGGUGUUUGUACUUCCUGUGGAGGAGGGAUUUCAGUGCAGCAACAACAUUCAAUUCAGCCAAUGCUUUCUGAGGUUAUCCUUCCAUUUGGAAUGUUGUGUCAUUCUUUUGAAUCUUCCUUCUUGCAAAUACACCUAUAUUGUUCUCUUUUGUUUUGGUCUUAAGUACCGAAAACAUUUUGGUCUCAUGGGAACACUCAGUGUUGCAUGUCUUCUGUGAGCCUCCCUAGAAAACAGCUGAUGAAUAUUUUCCUUCUGUUUGUGUCUGUGCUUUUGGAUCUGCUUUCUGGUUGUGGUGAAAGUCAUUUGGCUUUGGGAAUUUGAACUCCAGCCAGAGGAUAUUAGGUUCCCUUGGCACAUUCCUCCCACUGUGUUAAGAGGCACUGAGGUCAAGGAAUAGGAUUACUUAGUAGUGCAGAAAGCUUUGAAAAGAUAAAAUACUUCAAUGUGAUUAAUAGUUAAUUUUAAUGACUAAUUUUAUUAUUUUAAUGACUAAUCACAAUCAUAGGAUUGAAUAUUGCUUGCUUCAGUAAAUCAGUCUCUUGAGGGAAGAUGGGCAGGGUUUAAGGAAAACAAGUUGCUUCGUCUUUCCUGGACAGUCCAGCUGUUCUCAGUAUCCCAGAUUGUUGGCAACAAAUACAAUAUGAUGACAAAAUUAAGACCCUGUAGAAACAACAAUUUGUUUAAAUUUUGUAGCCCCCAGAUGCUGUUGCUUUACUUGUCCCAUCUUGUUUCAAAAAGAGAAAUACCCUUGACCUUUGUGUGGUCACAUUAACCCCAGGCAGCAGAGAAUGAAGGUUUGUAACUGGAGCUUUCUGAAUACUUACGUGAGACAGUUGGUUAUGCUGGACUUGGGAGGGUGGCUGUCCUCCUGGACCAUCAGACUUAAGGACAUUGGCAGUUCCCCUAAAUGGCAUGACAGUUAAAGGUGAAUCCAUCAGCAGUAUCCUCUUGGUACCAUCUCCACUCCUCCCCCAGCGUGGAGAGUACAACUCUCCAGCCCAGCAGAACUAGAUAGGUUUUCUCAGUAGUAAGGCAGGCACGUGUAGAGUUUUGAUCUCUCAUGGGCUGCCUCUUUCCCCACGAUGGUCUACAGAGAGGCUCCUGAGAGAUCCGAGGUACAAAUUCUGUUGAUGAUGGCUAGUGCUUUGUAUAUAGAAAGGGCUUCUGCAGUUCAGACGACUGCCUCUCGAUGUUAGUGUCAUGAUAGGGAGACUCCCCUAGGCAGGAAAGCACCCUCUAGUAUGUGUUCUGUCAGAUGGCUUUAGAGUAAACAAAGCUGCCCCUCACCCAUCGUCUACCCCUGCCACAAAAACGGGAUAAAAUGAGUUUUGAAUUGUGCUGUCCAUCCUGUUACAAAGCUUGGUCAAUAAUGAACUUGCUCUGUGUCUUCAGAACCCCAGCCAUCUCCACUUUGGGCUCUUGGUUUAAGGUGCUAAAAUCACUGGACUCCUUUCAUGAAUGCUUUGCUUCCUCUGAGGAGCUUUCCAAGAGGACUGAGCCUUUUAGUCGGUCUUUGCCGGCUUUUUCUCUAUCGAGCACCAGAGAUACCCUUGGUGUAGUCUGUCACAUUGGGCAAAAUGAGACACUCCUUGGACAACUUUGCUUAUCCUCUGUGGAUGUAUCUGCAUUUUAUUCUUCAGCCUUCUCCUGUCUCCUAGGGACAGGGCUGACGCUGUUACAAGAACCGGCCAGUGUUUCCUCUGCAGACAAGAGUGAGAGCGCAGAAAGCUUGGGCUCUCGUCGCCAUUUUCUAGUGCCUUACACACACAUGGGGGAGGUGGCCAGCACAGAAACUCCAUUUCAGUCUUGAGUCUCCAUACACCUUCCUCCUCAUAGCCAUGCCUCUCUCCAUAGCAGGAAUAAAAAAGCUUUCUAUAGAUAUAUUUCAGUGAACAUUGUUCUCGGAGCACAAUUCAUGCUUUAACUAAACCCUUGGUCUAUAUAAAAUGCCAUUGUAACUAUUGUAAAGUAUUGUAACCCAUUGUGUCUGUGCAGAGCACUAAAGCCCAGCUGUGUCCUGAAAACACAAGGCACUUCAGCAAAUUGGAAUCCUUUUGUGGGGCACUAAUGGUGGGCAGCUGCUACUCACACAGGAUGGGCCCCUGUCCUCCACCAAGGCUGGGUUAACUGAACAUUGUACACUGUGUUUAUAUAGAGUUGUAUUUCAAUUAAGAUUUUCUGGUCUGUUCACCUAUCAUAAUGUUUCUUUAUGAAUAAACAGGCAUUUAAUUAGCGCUA